GCUGCCAGACAUGCUAGGAUCAGUUCCGUAAAGCGCGGAUUACUUGAGUUGACAACGCCAUCCAAGUCGACCACUCCCUCCUACCCCCGGAUACGGCGGAUGCGACGCUCAAGCUCCCAUUGCUCUUGGAUCACAGCGCGGAUAUCUUUUUUGUUGUACCUCAGAAGAGAGCCAGAACUCUCUGACUUCACUCUCGCAAAUGAGCUGUAUUCCACGAUCCCCAUAGCUGGGUACGGUUUGAGUUGGGGUUCCAGGGUGGCGGAAGGUGAUAAGGGCGCGAGAAUACGCUGCGAGCAUUCAGCAGCCGCAGGCUUCCGCGGAAUGUCGCUGAUGUCUCUCUCGACUUGUAUUGUAAGUUGUUGAAGCUUGUUUGUAUUAGCGACUAUCACAGUAUGUAGACAUGACAUCAUAAGUAGUAUUCUUAGAUUACUUUGGCUCGCUCCACAAUGACCUCAUAUCUGACCUCAUUAUUGCGUCAUCC